AUGGCAGCCAGUUUGUCUGCGACUUCUCUUUCUUUGAUAUCUCAGCGACCCAAAUCGCCGAUUCUUGAUUUUGAAGACAAAAACUGCUGCUUCUGGACUCGACCAAGUUGCUACACGAAGCAAAGCAACAUAAUCAGAAAUGUAAGUGGAAGUAGAAGCAGAAAAGGUGCGAGUCUUGUCUCUGCCUCACUGUCUACUAUUUCUGGGAAAUCAGCUUCCAUCGUACCUGCAUUCAAUGAGUUGAUUGAAUCCUUGAUUAAUAAGGUGGAUUUGUCAGAAUCUGAGGCUGAAGCAUCAUUAGAUUAUUUACUGGAUGAUGCUAGCGAGGCCUUGAUCAGUGCUUUCUUGGUACUGCUGAGAGCCAAGGGAGAGACUUUUGAAGAAGUUGUUGGAUUGGCAAGGGCUAUGUUUAAGCAUGCCAGGAAGGUGGAAGGGUUAGUUGAUGUUGUGGAUAUUGUUGGAACUGGUGGUGAUGGUGCAAACACCGUAAACAUUUCCACUGGAGCGUCAAUACUUGCUGCUGCUUGUGGUGCUAAAGUAGCCAAGCAAGGGAAUAGAUCAAGUUCUUCGGCAUGUGGAAGUGCUGAUGUAUUGGAAGAACUUGGGGUAGUAAUUGACUUGGACCCAGAGGGUGUAUCAAGAUGUGUAAAUGAAGCUGGAAUCGGCUUCAUGAUGUCGCCAAAAUACCAUCCUGCUAUGAAGAUCGUUAGCCCUGUAAGGAAGAAACUGAAAAUCAAAACCAUCUUCAACAUAUUGGGUCCUAUGCUGAAUCCUGCACGUGUUCCCUUUGCUGUUGUUGGUGUAUUCCAUGAAGACUUAGUAUUGAAAAUGGCUAAAGCAUUGCAACGCUUUGGCAUGAAGAGAGCAUUGGUUGUUCAUUCAGAGGGCUUGGAUGAAAUGAGUCCCCUUGGACCUGGAGUAGUAUAUGAAGUCAAACCCGAAAAGAUUUCAAAAUUUUCAUUCGAUCCAUUGGACUUUGGCAUUCCGCGCUGUACAUUACAUGACUUGCGAGGCGGAGGCCCUGAUUACAAUGCAGAAAGUUUAAAACGUGUAUUGUCAGGGGAGAAAGGCGCCAUUGCUGAUGCUAUUGUCCUAAAUGCAGCAGCUGCUCUCUUUGUCAGCGGCCGUACUAAUAGCUUAGCAGAGGGAGUGGUUUUGGCUCGAGAGACGCAAUUAUCAGGGAAAGCUCUUAACGCACUUAAUUUAUGGAUAGAGACUUCUAAUAAAGUGAAAGAAGAUUAUGUUGCCAAGGUCGUCUGA